UCUUUAGCCACUUCAUCAAAAAUGAAUUGCUUAAUAUAAAAAUAUCUACAAACAACAUUGAAAAUGAAAGAAUAUUAAGAAGAAAAGUUUGCUGUUUAUCCUUUAUUCUUCAAAUUAAAGUUGUGAAAUGGAACUUCCAUGCAUUGAAAAUCUUCCCGAAGAAGUUUUAGAAUUUAUUUUAUCAUUAAUAUCCCCUUAUAAGGAUCUACAUGAUUGUAUGCUAGUUUCAAAGAAAUGGAAAAGAUGUGUACAAAAUGUUGUUAAGACAAAACAAAGAAAUUUAUACAAAGCAAUUACAGACUUUGAUGUAAGAUGGAACAAAAUAACUCCAAUAGAAAUGGCUCCAACAAUAACAAAACGAUAUUCACAUUCUGCUGCAGUUCAUGAAAAUUCUAUGUAUGUUUUUGGAGGCUGUACUUGUGCAAUGACUACUUUUAAUGAUUUAUGGAGAUUAGACUUAUCCAAAAGGCAAUGGAUUAGGCCUUUGGCCAUGGGAACAUAUCCUUCCCCCAAAGCUUGUAGUUCUUUACUUAGAUAUAAAGAUAUGUUAAUAUUAUUUGGUGGGUGGGCAUACCCACCUUCAUAUCCAUUAUACCAAAGCUGGCAUUUAUUUGAUGAACUUCAUGUUUACAAUAUAAAUGCCAAUAGUUGGACCUGUAUAACAACUGGAAAUAACCCACCACCAGUUGCAGGACAUUCAGUUUCAAUAAUAAAAGAUACCAUGGUGGUAUUUGGGGGUUUGCAAAAACCAAAUACUGCUGUCCACUGUGAAAAAUCAAAUGAGGUUUGGCUAUUGAAUCUAACAAAUUGGACAUGGAAAAAACCACAAAUUGAGACUGGGCCUAGACCAAAUGGUCGUUUUGGUCAAACACAAGUAGUUUUAGAUGAUGAAAAUAUUUUAAUUUUGGGGGGUUCUGGUGGGCCUUCAUUUUAUUAUUGUGAUGCCUGGAUAUUAAAUAUGUCUGAGAAAGUAUGGAGAUGGAUUCAAGUUGAUAUAAAAGAUAAACAGAAUGAGCCUACUAAUAUUUGGAGCAACCCAGGGUGCAAGAUUAAGGAUAAGAUUGUUGUAUUAAAUAGAAUAAGGCAGCCUGAGAGUAACUCUAUAGCAUAUUAUCCCAAAGCAUCUUGGAAUGAUAGUAGAAAUCCUACAGAAGGAAAAUUAUCCAGAAUAGAUUUAGCCAAUAGACAACAAGAUAAAGAUGACAAUGUGAAUGGUAAAAGAGGAACCCUUAAAACACCCAAGAGAGAAGCAGAUGAAGAUGAAAGUGGGUCUGUGCCUAAUAAGAAUGUCACAAUCCGAAGCCUACCUUCUGGUGCAAACAUGGCAGCUUUCAAUGGACCAGAUCAACAAAUUAGAGAUGAUCCAAAAAAACGAUUUCCAAUCUUAGAAAAAUUAGAAAAAUUUAAAACAAAAUAUAAGAGUACAAAAAGGGAAAAGAAAACACAUUAUCUAGGAAUUUACGUACUAGAUAUUUCACAACUUGUAGGUAAAAAUUCAUAUGCCACCUGGUUACCACCAAAAAAUAUAAGCAAUGGUCCAGAAGAAACAAUAUUGUACACUUUAGUUGAGGGGAAAUCAGAAUUAAUUAUGUUCGGCGGUAUUCAGAAGGAAGCAUCUUCAAUGGGCUUUUCAACUAAUUUAAGUAGCCAAAUUUCCAAUUCAUUGCAUUUUAUUACUGCCCCUAGUUACGUUAUUUAGAACCAAAUUCUGUGUAUAUAUAUACUAUGUAUAGUAUGUUCCAAAAUGGAUCUACUAAUACAUUUUUUUCAUUAUUACCAUGAAAAAAUUUCCAAAAAGGAAUUUUUGCAUAUAAUAAUUUUAAUAAGUAGUAAAUCCAUUUAAGGGCAUGCAAAACAAUUACAAAAUAAGACCUAUGGUCCAAUUUUGGGUAACCUGUAAGCAAAUCUGUAACUUUUAUAUAGGCAUGCACAUAAUAUCAAAAGCAAUGUUUAUUUACAUAUGGGUGAUUCCACAUCAGGCAGGUUUUAAGCCUCACCCCCUCUGAUUUUGACGAAAAUCGCUGAAUGGGCUUCAAAUGGGCCUAAAUGGACCUGACUGCAAAAGUUUGAAAAAAUUAUAAAAAUGUGGAUUUUAUGGGGGUUAUACUUUUCAGAUCAGAGAUAUAUUGUUUUGCUUAUAUUUUGGGUCCUAAUUGACCUAGAGAGCUGGUCGUCGUCUUAUUUUAAAGAAGUUUAAAUUUGAAUAUUUUUUAAUAAAAUAUAAAUGUAGUUUUUAAAAUUUUAUACACUGCCCGUCAAAAUUAUUGCAUAAUAAGUAAAAAAA